AUGGACAAAGCGUCUGCAGUGGAUGCGGAGCAGGAGAACGGUGCGGACAGAUCUUCGAAGGCGAGGAGCGUGGUGCAGCCUCAGUCGUGCGGAACGCGUGAGACACGUCGCUUUGUGGCUGAUCAGAUCGCGAAGAUCGAGAAUGAAACCGAUGAUGAGGAAGACGCUUUGGAGGAUCAGAAGUCCAUUGCUAAGACAUGCAAACCCUUGCGCGCUAUCACCAAGGCGGCGAACAACAUCACCGAGAGGAAACCGACUCCUGCUUGCAUCGACAAAGGCUCCAAGAAGAGAACCGCAGACGACUUCGAUAUCAAGGAAGAGGGAGAUGAAAACUUGGUACCUGGUCGCAGGAAGUCUGUCAGACUCGCCGUCCUCGCUAAGAACGAUAGCCCUCGCCCGGUCAAUCUCGUGCGUGAGAAACCUAUCACGCCCGCCUUUACCCCCGCUCGCAACCCCAAGAAGAAGACCGAAUCCGCCUCAAGCAAAGCACCUGAGCCCAAUUCGAAGCCCCGUCAGAUCACUGACCCGCUGCCUUCCGAGUUCAAAUACCGUUCCUUCUCUUCCUCAAUUCCCCUCAACCCUCUCUUCGCCAAACUCUACAUCCGCCAUCCGUCUCCGCAGGACUUCUGCACACCUCGUGCGAACAGUUCUGACUGGAAGGGAGCAGUCGCGAACCCAAACAUUCCGGCUGACAUGGAUAAAGACAAUCUUUACAUUACACGUUGGUGCAAAGGCAAUGGUGUCGAGAAGAUGGGAUUAUGUCCGAUUUGUUGCGUUCCCGAGAGUAAGGGUGGGGCGGGGAAGUUGGUUUGGUUGAAGACGAAGAUCAGCGCGUUCUGGUACCACAUGAAUUACUUCCACGGCAUCAACCCUAGCACGGGUAUCCCCUACUCCCCUCCCACCGCCUACCGCACGGUCGAGCUCCCCACAGCUUCGGCAUCUGCACCGAUCGCCAAAUCUGGCGAACUUGGAAACUUCCAUCUUCCGGAUCGCGAAGAGAUGUUGGAGGGGAGGUGUCACCAGUGCAAGAAGUGGAUUCGGGUUCAGGGGAUCAAGGAUACGGAUGUUAAGGUGCCGGAGAUUUAUUGGUGGAAGCAUGCGCAGAAGUGUCAUAAGACAACGGUUGAGGGACAGGGAGAGGAGUUCUGGUGUUAUAGGUGA